AAGUAAGGUCUUUUAUCAAACUGGACUUUUUAUAUUACUAAAGGAGACUGUGAAGAAAUGUUAUUCAUUCACUAAAUUAAAAAAAUAUCUGUUAAUAUGUUUUAGAUGAACUACACAUUGUGGAAUCUCCCCAUCAACCUGGGCAAUGGCAAGGUGAAGCUAUCCCAGAGCGGCCUGUCUGUCAUUGUUGAGACAGAUUUUGGCCUGACCGUGCAGUAUGACUGGAAGGAGUAUCUUGUCAUCACAAUGUCGGGCAGUUUUUCUGGCAAGGUGUGUGGCCUGUGUGGCAACUUCAACGGUAAAAAGGAGGAUGACUUGGUGACUCCUGGCUCACAGAUGAGCAGUGUAGUGGCCCUGGGCAAGAGCUGGAGGGUUCCUAAUGCGAUGGAUGAUGCUCAUUGUCAAGAUGAAUGCUCGGGCCAGUGUGACACCUGUGAUAAUGAAAGAUUUUUUCACAGCCUGACUGCCAGGAUGUUCUGCAGUUUGCUCACUCACAUCAUGGAUGGACCACUCAGUGACUGUAAUGCUAUCAUUGACCCCAAAGUCUUUCAUGAGAUCUGUUUGUUUGAUAUGUGCAUGGGUGAGGGAAUGAAGUACUUCCUGUGUAACAGCUUGCAGGUUUAUGCCGACGCCUGUCAGAGGGCCGGCAUCAAAAUUCAUGACUGGAGGCACCUCGCCCAUUGCUGUGAGUAACCAAAGAGUUAGAAA